AUGGCGACACGCAAACGAAACGAGUACCUUGACGUCGAGGAGAGUGAGGAUGAGGAGAGGGGCUACGAUUCCGAAGAAGAGAGCAGAGCGCGCAUGCUCCCGGCAUCAAAGCGACAAAAAAUAGACCACGACUCUGAGGACGAAGAACAAGACGAAGAAGUGGAUGGAGAAGAGGACCAAGGUUCCGGCGAAGACGAAGACGAAGACGAAGACGACGAGGACGACAACGAGCAACACGCGGCGAAGCGUUUUCCUUCUAAGAACGCCGAACUAGCACAUCUCGAGAAACUUGCUGCAUCUCUUCCCUCUGAACUGAAGCUACAAUCCACAAAGCUUGGAAAAGCUUUACCACCAUCGUCACUCAAGAAAGACAAGUCCGGCGUGAUAUACCUCUCGCGCGUCCCACCCUUCAUGAAACCAGCCGUAAUGCGCUCGCUUUUGACACCGUAUGGCGCUGUGGGCCGCAUUUUCCUGACUCCAGAAACCAGUACCUCCCGUACUCAGCGCCUGCGCAACGGAGGCACGCGUCGCAAACUUUUCCUUGAUGGCUGGGUAGAAUUCAUACACAAGCGCGAUGCCAAAUUCGUCGCCGAGAACUUGAAUGCACAGACAAUGGGGGGUAAGAAGAGGGGCAGGUGGCAUGAUGAAGUGUGGAAUAUCCGAUACUUGAGUGGAGUUAAGUGGCACAAUCUGGUCGAGCAGAUCCAGAAUGAGAACGCAGAGCGUGCGGCAAGACUCAGGUUCGAGAUAGCGCAGGGCAAGAAAGAGAACAAGGCAUUCUUGGAGAACGUGGAGAGAGGCAAGGUUGCCAGUGGAAUUGAGGCUACAAGGCGGAAGAGAGGGGAUGAUGUUGACGGUAAUAAUGCGGCGGUGGAGGCAGCAGAAGCAGUGCAGGAAGCAGAUGGGAAGCCAAAGAGGAGGAAGGGAAGGUUAGAGUUCUCGCAACACACGACUACGAGCAAGGCGAUGAAAAAGCCCGAGCCAGGCCAGGAUGUGAACAGGGUAUUGAGUAGUAUGAUGUAA